AUGAAGCUAAAUGUUGUGUUUCUGAGUGCUCUUGUAGCCAGUGCUUUUGCAAUUCCAGCACGCAAAGAUGGUUCUGAAAUCAACGAGGAAGUAGAGAAAAAGCCAGCUGGGUUAUCCUGGGAAGAAUGGCAUAUGCAACAUGAGCACCAAGCGGAAAAGUACGACGCAGAAACGUUCUUUAUACUGCACGAUAUUGGUGGUAAGGGUUAUUUCGACAAAGAAGACAUACUGACCAUGUAUGGAUUAAGCCGUGGUGAAGUUGUUGGAAGCGGUGACGGAAUGGGAAAGCACGACAACUCGGAGCAAAUUGACGAAGAAACCUCUGACAGAGUAUUUCGCGUUAUCAUGAAGCUUUUAGAUGUCGAUGACGACAGCAAAAUCGAGAAAAAAGAGUUUCUGAGCUACGCUAAGAAAGGUAAUAAAAUGCCAGACCUCGGCGUUGGAGUGGGCCAUCAUUCCGAUUUUGAGCUGGAAUAUGAACUACAUCAUUGGAACAAGUACCACAAAGAUCAGGACCCAGAUGUCAAAAAUGUUCACAAAGAAGAUAUUGAGCAUGAUUUGCUACACCAUGAGCACAAAAUCGAACACGAAGAAGAAGCACAAAGAGGUGCGACAAGGAUGACUGUUAUCACGGACGAUGAGCUUGAAGCAUUGAUUAAGGUGGAGAAUAUCCCAUCGAGGUUUAAAAACGGUAUAUAG